AAAAACACAUUGUUGUGCCACUUAGUUAAAUUACACUUUGAAACCUACUUCAUAAUUUCAAGUUUUAAGAUGCCCGUCUUAGUAAAAGGUCACAAAUGAUGCAAUAAAACAAGCUGUCUUAUAUAUGUGCGUUAUUUUAUCCAAUAGAAAAUUCACAAGAACAUCAUCUGUAAGGAUAAAAGGGACAUUUGGGAAAAUAUAAUGCUUCUCACUUUGUUACUGGAAUGGGAUCUUACCCAUUAAAGAUGAAACUGAUUAUUACAAAAAUUAGGUAAGAAAUGGGUUAAUCUCUACUAUAGACGCAGUAUCCACUUUAAAUAUUUGUGGCUCUGCGUAUAUCAUAUAUUUACACUUUUCAUCAAAGAAAAAGAGGGUCUCCUGCUUCGUGACAAUGAGGACUGUUUUCUUGAUAGCAGCUUCACUCACGCUCUGCGUGCAUAGCUUGAGCUUGGAUCGACUGUUCCGAAGCUAUGCCGGCCCCGACAGCACGAUGGAGUUGGAUGAGUUCAGCAAAUACUGGGGACACUUCGACAUGGACGGAAACGGCAACGUGACCAAGCAAGAGUUUGAUACAACCUGGAAAAAUGAAGAUUUGGGAGACGAGGAUAGAGCACCCUUCUUCUUCCUGGAAAUGGACAGAGUCCCUGACGAGGUUCUCAACGAUCUGGACUACGUUCAUAUGUUCAGAAUCUUUGAUGAAAACGGUGACAGUCAUAUUACCAAAACCGAGUUCAAGUUCAACUGGGAAGGCUUGUUCGACGAAUAAAAAAGUUGGGCAGAAAAACUACAGAAAAUGAUGUUAUUCAUCAGAAACGUGGCGAACGCGAUUGUCGCUUUGUUGGGGUUUUUUUUUUCAAUAAGCUUACCCUUUUCCAUAAUUUCUCUUUUCUGGUCUCUAUCGUUUACUCAGCAAUAUAAAUCGAAUCCUUGCUAGAAAAAUAAACAUUCUGAGCCUUAUUCCUUAGUGGAGUGUCGAAAUCAGGUAGAAGGAAAAAGAGACAGUUGUCCAUUCCAAAAUACCGUUUUAAACACUCUUCAGUUGUUGAAAGAGAAGGAAACUCACUUUCCGUUUUGAAAGAUUACUUUUAUCGGUCUCUUCCAUUGUUAAAAUAAAAUUUUCUGGUAACUAAUAAAAUGAUUACACACUUAA